AUGGGAGGACGGGUGGACACACUGCAGCACCUUACUCCUCAAAGUGGAAAAAAGGGUGCAAAGCAUGUUUUCCUGUUGCACGCAGAGUUUUUUGCCUGCUGCCAGCCCGAGCAGCCUUGUCCUUUAAUACCCGAGGCCCUUCAUGUGGUCGUCCGUGAGGUUUGGGGGGGCGACCGCAGCUCCGCCACGCAUCUUAUUACGCCGCUGCACAUGUGUACUUGUUCCCAGAGCCGCCUGUCCGCCUGCCUGCUCUGGGACAGGGCCUGGGACAGAAGCAGUGAGGGGGGUGGGGGGUGGGAGAGGUGGUCACACGGUGGAUUUCAGACCACAGUUUCAGACAUAUAG